CGAUAACAAACUUCCUCGUUAGUCGCAAGCCGUCGGCACUGGAACGAUGACGGCAUUAAAAUUAUUAAUUAUUUUAUCUUUAAUUACUAUUAAAAUUGACGCAAAUGUUGUUAUAAACCGGUAUGAUGAGGAGUGUGUUUUGGAUCCAGCUUUAGUGGCAGAAAUAGCUUCAUAUGAAAAUGUUACCAAACAUAUCAUGGAUCAAAUCAAGAAUAAUUAUGGGAAGACAAUGUAUCAAGAGUAUACAAAUUUCAUAGACAAAUUUGGUGCCCGUCCAUCAGGAACAUUUAUUUUAGAGAAAUCCAUAGACCAUAUGAUUAAUCUAACCAGACAACAUGGUCUGAAUGACGUCACUACUGAAGAAUUGGAGGUUCCCCAUUGGGUACGCUUACAUGAAUACGCUUUAAUGUUACAACCUCGGGUGAAAAAUUUAGCUAUACUUGGAUUUGGUUCCAGCGUCAGUACACCACGAGGAGGAAUCAUUGCUGAAGUAAUAGUUGUAAAAAGUUUUGCUGAACUUGACAAACUAGACAAAACAAAAGUUCAAGGAAAAAUAGUAGUAUUUGACGAGCCGUAUGUUUCUUAUGGUGAAACUGUUAUCUAUAGAACACAAGGAGCAUCAAAAGCUGCUAAGAAGGGUGCUGUAGCAACCCUUGUGAGGAGUAUAACGCCAUUUUCUAUUUACGCACCCCACACAGGAGCACAAUUCUAUGAAAAUAGUGUUACAAAAAUACCAACGGCGGCCAUUACUCUAGAAGACGCAGAUUUGUUACAAAGAUUACAGAACGAAGGAGCAAAGAUUGUGAUUCAAAUGGGAAUGUUUUAUAUGAAUAAUAUAACUACAUCACGUAACACAUUAGUCGAUCUUAAAGGCAAAAUAAAUCCAGAGAAAUUAGUUAUCGUUUCUGGACAUAUAGAUAGUUGGGACGUAGGAGAAGGUGCAAUGGAUGAUGGUGGAGGUAUGAUGAUAAGUUGGUUUGUUCCAGUCGUACUAAAUACUUUAAAACUAAGACCAAGAAGGACAGUGAGAGCAAUUUUGUGGACUGCAGAAGAGCCAGGAUUAAUAGGGGCUCAAGCAUAUUUGAAGCGCCACAAAAACGACCUCGACAAUAUAAAUUUCAUCAUGGAAUCAGAUGAAGGAACAUUUAAACCUUUAGGGUUGGACGUUGCUGGUUCCAACAAAACACGAUGUAUUGUGCAGGAAGUUUUGAAACAAUUCGCACCUAUAGACAAAAUGGGGAACAGUGGGGCUCCUGGUUCCGAUAUUGUUUUAUUUAUAAGACAAAACGUGCCUGGAGCAUCGUUGCUUAAUAAGAAUGAACGAUACUUUUGGUUCCACCAUAGUGAAGGCGAUACUAUGAACGUACAAAAUAUGGAAAAUGUAGUUGAAUGUGCUGCCUUUUGGGCAGCAUUCUCAUACGUCAUAGCUGAUCUCUCGGUGGAUUUACCACGAAAUUAG